UGUUUUGUUUUCAAGUGUUUAAGUUUUUAUUUAAGUAUCAAUUUGUAUCAAAUAACAAGCAAAAUAGCAAGUAACAAGCAAAAUAUACAAUGACUGCGGAAGCAAAAAUAAAGAUUGGAAUCAUCGGAGGUUCAGGUUUCAAUGAUCCUGAUUUAUUCAAGAACCCAAUUGAAAGGGAAGUUACAACACCCUUUGGCAAACCUUCAGAUGUGCUGCUAGAGGGUUUUAUUGCCGGAGUGCCCUGUGUGCUAUUAGCAAGGCAUGGAAGAAAACAUCAACACCAACCAAGCGACGUGAACUACCGCGCCAACAUCUGGGCGCUGAAGGAGGUGGGAUGCACCCACGUACUGGCCACCACCGCCACCGGCUCUCUGGACGAGCACUACUGCCCGGGGGACCUCGUCAUCAUUGAUGACUUUAUUGACAGGACAUGGGGCCGCAAAUGCACAUUCUUCGACCGUACGGAGGGCGGGCCGCGCGGCGUGUGCCACCUCCCCAUGCGGCCGGCGUUCUGUGAGCGCGCCCGCGCCGCGCUGCGGGCGGCCGCCGACGCGCGCGGGUACUCGCACCACGACGGCGGUACCGCUGUCACUAUACAGGGACCGAGGUUUUCAAGUCGAGCGGAGAGUCUCAUGCACAAGCAGUGGGGCGGUCACUUGGUCAACAUGACUACAGUUCCGGAGGUGGUUCUAGCGAAGGAGGCGGGUCUGAGCUACGCGGCCGUGGCUGUCGUCACUGACUACGACUGCUGGCGCGAUAACGAACAAUCGGUGUCUGUAAAUGAAGUACUGGAGAUGUUCGCCAAAAACAUCACGAAGGCAAUAAACGUCAUAACUGACGCGGUGCAGAUUCUCGCCCGGGAGGAAGACGUCUCUUAUUUGGAAGCACAUAAGGAGCUGGUCGCAUCGUCUAUCAUGUUGAAGGAAUGACAUCCGAAUAGCAGUACAAUCUAAGAAACUCCAGUGUAUAUUCCAAAUAAAACAUAUUUUACAGAA